CCCCCAAGGGUGUCUUAUGGAGCGAAAUAGUGCCCCAUCAUUGGUGUCAGUGGGAGGAAUAGUGCCCCAUCAUUGGUGUCAGUGGGAAGAGUCGUGCCCCAUCAUUAGUGUCAGUGGGAGGAAUAGUGCCCCAUCAUCGGUGUCAGUGGGAAGAAACAUGCCCCAUCAUUGGUGUCAGUGGGAAGAAACGUGCCCCAUCAUUGGUGUCAGUGGGAGGAAUAGUGCCCCAUCAUUGGUGUCAGUGGGAAGAAUCGUGCCCCAUCAUUGGUGUCAGUGGGAGGAAUAGUGCCCCAUCAUUGGUGUCAGUGGGAGGAAUAGUGUCCCAUCAUUGGUGUCAGUGGGAGGAAUAGUGCCCCAUCUUUGGUGUCAGUGGGAGGAAUAG